AUGCCUCCCGCGGCGGAUCUCAACGGCGGCGUUCCUGCCUACCGAACAGGCUCAGGCGACGGCAUGCGCGAUCGAAACAACAACAAUAACAAUAACAACAGUGACAACAACGAUCUGCCGCCCUUCUUUCCCCUCCAAAACCAGAACCAGAUCCAGCCACAACAACGCCCCAAAUCCUCCUACCUCCGAUCGCUUAUGGGCCAUAAGAGAAGCAAUACUGUCGGAGCUGGUCUAAUACAAUUGCCCCCUGCCGUCUUCUCGACCGAUUUCAACCAGUCUUCCGACCGCAACCGCGACCGCGACCGCGACCGCGAUUCCGCUCUAUCGUCCUCGGCUACUUCCGUCAUCGACCCUCCUGAACUGCUGCGCCCUCCCUCCAAGCUCAAUCCCGACCUGGUGGCCCAGCGACACAGUUGCGACAUGAACCUGUCCGGAUACCAGAGACGUCAACUCGCCGACGCCCUCGGUGAGCUUCAGCCCAACCAAUUGGACGACCGGCCACCAAGAUCUCCCGAAAAGAAGUCGAACCCCUUUGCGACCAUCUCGCUUAAGUCGCCCUUCGGACUCAAGGAUUCCAGCAAGGCCUCCAAGAACAAGGGAGAACAAUCACCCACCAAGCCCAAGAAGGUCAAAUCGGCUGCCAACAUCGGCCAGCUUCUAAGGCCAAAGUCAACCAAGAACCUGAGGCAGCAGCAACAAGAGGACGAAGAGAACAGUCGUCGCCGUAACAAGGACAAGGAGAACCGCGCACCAAGUGCCAUUGAUACCAGCCCACCACCACCCAUUUAUGCCCAGUUUGCCAGAGGCUCGCCCUUUGCGCCGCCUCCAGGGCUGAGCUCGUCAACGACACCAGUGGCUUCGCCGUCGGACUACAGAGAUCCUUUCUGGGACAGCAACAAACCAUUGCCAGCUGACCCAGAGCGCCCUGGAACAGGCGGAGGGCGGUCGUCCAUAGCUGAGAGCCAACAUCUGAAGCCUGAUGCGGAAAACCGCGAUAGAGAUCGAAACAACGGCCGCUCAAAACCACGGCCAAAGUCGUUUCACCAGUACUUUGCGAGUAACAAUCAGCAGGACGAGAAGCGUACACCUUCAGACUCGAGCACCGACACUCGCUACAGGCAACCGCAAUCUGAUAACAAUAACCAGUCGUCAUCACAGGAAAGACAAGAACGGAGUUGGAAGAGGCAAACGUGGGCCACAGCCAAAAGUUCAGAGCUGGCAGGAGGAAGUCAAGGAUCAGACAGGUCAAGCCAACGCCUCAACGUUAAGGGCAUGUUUUCCGGCUCCGGUAAUGGUGGAGGAAGCAGUAGCUCAGCAGGAGGAGAGCGAAACAAAUCAGCAGCAGCGCAAUCUGCAAGUAUGGAACGGCAGCAAAGCGCCCAGUCCCUACUACAACAACCCAUCGAUCCCAAGGAUAUCGACAAGCACCUUGAGGCCAUGCUGGACCGGCGCAACAUUCCCGAAAAUCAGCGGUACAAGAUGCGCAAUCUCAACGAUACCAUCAAGUUGGAAUUCAUCCGGCAGGACUGGGCGGAGAUGCGGGCCAAGAUGGUAAACCAGAAUGCGAGCAACACGUCUCUUGAGAAGGGAGGGAACGCAGGCAGUGUCAAUGGUGGUGCCGGAUCAGAACGGGAAGAUCAGCAGCAGCAGCAAUCGUCUUCUUCAAACUCAAAACGGGACGACGGUAACAGCAAGGAUAAGGAUAAGGAUAACGAGAGAACGGGCAGGACGAAGAGGAAAGGAUUCGGUUUGUCGCUUGGCAAAGGUGCCGCCACCAAGGCCCAGUCGUCACCCAGCAAGAGUAUUGGUCGACACUUCAGGUCCAAGUCCAACGACAGCAGCAUGAGCGAGCGACCGUCGUUUGGUGAUGUGAACGGUAGCUCUUCCGGAAAUGGCGUGGGCGGCUUCCUGGGUAUGAAGAGCGGCAAGAGUCAGCAGGUGCCGGCGGACUUUGUGGCUUACCUGCAAAAGGAGCGGAAGCCGGAGCUGGUCGAGGUUGGUAAACUCCACAAGCUUCGGCUGUUGCUGAGGAACGAGACGGUGGCUUGGACGGAGGAGUUUAUCAAGCAAGGAGGGAUGAAGGAGAUUGUGGACUUGCUGCAUCGGAUCAUGGCUGUUGAGUGGAGAGAGGAACACGAAGACGCCCUUUUGCACGAAAACCUGCUCUGCCUAAAAGCGCUCUGCACGACCGCUCUGGCGUUACAGUACCUGCACACCAUCCACGCCACCUUAUUCCCAGCGCUAUUACACCUGAUCUUCGACCCCGAGAAGAAAGGACCAAGCGAGUUCACAACACGGAACAUCAUCACCUCGCUUUUGCUCACCUACAUCGAGUGUGCCACGCCUCAGGAACGUACCACGAGAGCCCAGACGAUCCUGCAAUUCUUGCGAGAUCCCGAGACGGAAGAGGAGAAAAAGCCUGUCAACUUCAUCCUCGAGAUGAGGCGCGAGAGGCCAUACCGCGUAUGGUGCAAGGAGGCCGUGAGCGUGACCAAGGAGGUGUUCUGGAUCUUUUUGCACAACAUGAAUAUUGUCUCCUUGCCACCACCAGACGAAGGAUCAGGCGGCAAGAAUGGCGAACAAAAAGAUACCCAGCAGCAACAACAGCUACACCAAGCGGGUAUCAUCGAUCCCUCAGGCUUACCGCGAAAUGACACAGAGCCCCAAUCAGGGUCAGGAGGCGAAGAUUCAGAAACCCCAAAUGCCGCCCAGCUAGCCUACAUGUCGCGACACUUCCCGCAAGAACGACCGCCCGUGCCCGCGGCCCCCUACGUCGGCGGCGUCGAAUGGGACGCGACCAAUUACCUCGCCAGCCACCUGGACCUGAUGAACGCCAUCAUCGCUUGCACGGGUCCCACAGCCGCCGAGCGCAACGCUUUGCGCGCACAGCUGCGCAUCUCGGGCUGGGAACGUUGUCUGGGCGGCAGCCUGCGCAUGUGCAAGGAAAAGUUCUACGGGUCCGUCCACGAUGGUUUACGGACCUGGGUCGCGGCCGCGCACGAAGACGGCUGGGACGUGCGGGAUGUCCGGUUUGGCCCACCGCCGGAGAGCAGGGGCGUCAGUCCUAUGAAGAAGACGCCCGGGAAGAAACCGCGGGAGGAGGCGCCGCCUAAGAUUGAGAUUCCGAAAUUGGACUUUCAUAUUGGGGGUGCCAAUUCUCCUGGUAUUGCCGGCGUUAGUCCGGGCGGCCUGGUCGCGGGUGUGGUUGCGAAUCUUAACGGCGGGAGAUCGCCGAUGCCUGUGUCGCCUGCGGUGCGGGCGCCGGAUUAUUGGCUGUCGUGA